AACCUAGGCGCCAGCCAAUCUCUCCACAGUGUGUGGCGGGACAGUGCGGAGUAGGUGGAAAUCUCUUGGCGGCAGGAAGGAGACAGCAGGAGCCUAAGGAGCAUUUGAGUCGGCCUAGAAGGGAGGAAUAAAAGGAGUGGGAGCUGCCGGCGCACAUUCACUUUCUGCCUUGGCGCGUGUACUCGCAGCGCGCACGCUCAGAAGGAAGAACAGGAUUGGUUUACGGGGAAGUCGCAACUUCUUGUCCCAACCAAUCCAGAUGCAGCGGGGGGGUGGGUCCCGGCCCUCACUGGCGGGCGCGACAUCCGCGCGCGGGUUUCGUCGCGUUGCAGCUGUUUGAGGGUGUAGUCUUUGUCCGUGCCAUGGAUCCUGGCGUGAUUCGGCGUUUAGCCCCGCGCCUGGGCAUCGCCGAGCCGGAGGUGCUGAGAGUUUUAGUGAAUGUGUUGCUCAGGAAAGCAGAGGAGUACUUGCGACUGUCCCAUGUGAAGUGCAGUGGCCUGUCUGCACGAACCACAGAAACCAGCAAUGCAGUCAUGUGCCUGGACCUUGCAGCUUCCUGCAUGAAGUGCCCCUUGGACAGGGCUUAUUUAAUUAAACUUUCUGGUUUGAACAAGAAGAUGUAUCAGAGUUGUCUUAAAUCUUUUGAGUGUUUACUGGGCCUGAACUCGAAUAUUGGAAUAAGAGACCUAGCUGUACAGUUUAGCUGUACAGAAGCAGUGAACAUGGCUUCAAAGAUACUGCAAAGCUAUGAGUCCAGUCUUCCACAAACACAGCAAGUGGAUCUUGACUUAUCCAGGCCGCUUUUCACCACUGCUGCACUACUUUCAGCAUGCAAGAUUCUAAAGCUAAAGGUGGACAAAAAUAAAAUGGCAGCCACAUCCGGUGUAAAAAAAGCCAUGUUUGAUCGACUCUGUAAACAGUUAGAGAAGAUUGGGCAGCAGAUUGACAGAGAGCCUGGAGAUUCAGCUACUCCACCACGGAAGAAAAAGAAGACAGUGGUUGAACCUUCAGCAAAGGAAAUAGAGAAUGUAGUAGAGAUCCCACAUAAACCGCAGAAAGAUGACGAUCUAACACAGGAUUAUGAACAGUGGAAAAGGAAAAUUUUGGAAAAUGCUGCCAAAGCACAAAAGGCUACAACAGAGUGAUUUCAGCUUCCAGACUGCCUGUACUGCAAACCAGCAGUGCAUCUGCCACCUCAAGGAAGAUGUGAGGGCUUUGGAAAUUUGUUUGAACUUUUAUAACAAGGAUCCUAUCCUUAAUAGCAAAGAAACCAGCAUUGGGGCUGAGCAGGGUGGCUCUCACAGGGGCAGCAAAUUCGUUAGAUUAGCCACAGCGCCUGGUUGGCUCAGCCUUGGCUCCCCACAGGUCUGCACUCUCCUACAAAAUGUCAUUGAAGCUAUUUUGCUUUCUUGUUUUGUUUUAAGCAAAAUACAGUCUCCUGUCCCAUCCAGAACAUGAAAUUCAAGCUGAAUGGAGUCUAAAGAUUUUACUUAAGUUUUUGUGUUAAUCUCUUGGUUUGACUGAAUCAAUAUAUAGUACAGCCUAAGUUAAUAAAUAUUAUUUUUAUAUGCA